AUGAAAAUUUCCGACUCCUCACCCACAGGUGAGGGGGAGUCCACGCACGUGGCAAAUCUGAAGAACUCGAAUCUCAUGUUCGAUCUCCGCGAGACGGUUCUGCAGUAUCUACGCACUCCGGAUGAAUUUUAUAUUAACAUCAUUUUAGCAUCCCUCAAGUCGGGGAUGUUUACCAUUAAGGGGGAUGUGUUUGAGCUGGCGGCAGGAAAUCCGUUUCUGAUAAAAACUUUUUUAGACUCUAGCUAUGUCGACCUGGAGGAUGAGAGGGUGAAGGUGGUGGUGCAGCUCGAGUUGGAUCAUGUUUUGAAUGGGGAACCCCAUGUGGAUGUUCUCAAGUUGGAACAAAGCGAUUACCUCCGUUGCCUGUGUAACGUUAAGAGUGCGCGCAUUUCUGAGAAACAAGUGUGUCUGAUACGCAACUCCGGCUUUGAAUUUAUUAAGCUCAUCGGUGACUUUCCGCACCUGCGGAAAGAUAUUAAACCCAUACGCUCGUGGUUUCUCCCCAUCUUUAGAAUGGCGGUGUCGAUCAAUAUAUUCACAGGCUGGUUUAGUAUGCUAAUUGCUGCUUUGUUCACUGCCUCCGUUCUGUGGACAAUAGUCUAUUGGAUAAUGUUGGACGAGCUCAAUAAAGCAUACCUUACGAUUAUUUGCUAUGUGUGUGGCUACAUCCUGAGUUUGGUUUUUACAAUGCGUAUGGAGGAGAGAAGGAUUAGGGUGUACCAAAAUUUUAUCUGGUCCUAUCCCAGCAAUCUUACAAAAAUCAUUCCCAUCAUUCCCUUGUACGAAUGUAGACUCCUCUAUGUCGCACUUCGUUAUCAACUUACGCCGAAUAAACAUCAAUACUUUGUCAUUCGCUACGAUCUGCGAAAUGGGAUGGCCAUGCAACAACUUAUCAACGGUUUACUUCACGCCCUUCCCCAGAUUACUAUACAGGCAUAUUUCAACUCAAUCAUGCGUGAUCCUUCAGGGGACGUGCCGUUCGUAAUCUCAUCUUCUUUUUGGGUAAUUCUCAGCACCGGCAUUUGCUCAUUCUUGUUAUCUAUGUUUUCUAACAUCCAGCAAGUUGUUUUAUCCCAUUCUUGUGAUAGCUUUGGCUUUGCUAUGAUGAGCACGGAAGCGGGGCGGAGGAUGUUAAACGAGAACAUGCCUACACACAUCAUGACACGUAUUUUGAUCUUUCAAAUCUUAGCAUUUAUAAUUGGGGCAAUCGUAACCAUCUUGAUUUAUUUGUGCAAUAUGCACGGCUGCUCUUACAAUACUAAGACCUUCAUUGCAUUCUAUUUUGGGAUUAUAUGGGUUGAUUUUUUCGUCUUGGCGACUGUAUACGUUUACGUUCGGUUUCACACAUGGUACGGCGUUUUUUCGUUUCCACUUAUCCUUAUGCACGUCAUCUUCAUUUUUUUCGUGUUUAUGGAGGGACGCUCAACCAAGUACAACGAAUGUCCCUUAUAUCAAGGGUAUAAGGUCCAUUGGCUUUAUCCGAUUACUGUCUUGUUCGGGUUACUUUGUUUCUUUUGUGUGUUGUGGCUGGUUAUGGUAUUUUAUGAGGUACUAACAGGUCAGCAAAUUCGACAACGUGUUCUGGACACCUACUUUUACAUGUAG